AUGAGAACAACAUGGAACCAGCAGUCACUUUCAAAGAUAACAAUAUUGUUUCACGGAACACUUUCAGGUUAUUCUUACCAUGAACUGUAUCAGAACAUAUUUAACGAAUAUCAAUCAGUUUUGAGACCCGUGAAGAAUGCAUCCACGUCUGUAACAGUGGAAUUGAUCUACCAUCUGACGCACGUUGAUGGCAUCAGUGGACGAGAUCAAAUGAUGAUGACGAGAGGGUGGCUUGAACUAUCGUGGCAGGACGAACUGCUUUCGUGGAAUGCUAGUGACUUUUCUGGAAUUGAUUCGUUGACCUUACCCAUUAAUAAACUGUGGACACCUGACAUAGCUCUCCUGAAUGAUGUCGAGGGUAAUCAUUUACUUUCCGCUAAAGGUGGACAGGCAAGACUUUCAAGCAGUGGACGGGUAGAGUGGAACAUUGGAUUAGUAGUUGGUACAACUUGUGUUAUAAACGUCUUUGACUUUCCUUUCGAUUUACAAAAAUGUUCCCUGAAAUUUUCUCAAAUGAGUUCGGGCAAUCAUGAAGUGGCUAUAAAACCAGGAAUCAGUAGGUUUCCCCCUGGGGACAAUUAUGACGAGUGGAGUUUCGUAAAUGAAUCCUUCAGCCAUACCAUUUUAGAAAUCAACCACGUAGAGCACGCGUUGGUGAAUAUAGAAUUCACUUAUCAACGGAAGCCAAUGUCAUUCAUUAUUUCUGGAAUCAUUCCCAUGGUACUUCUUUCUGUUGUAAACCUCGGCUCGUUCAUACUUCCUCCAGGUUCAGAAGAGAAAGUAUCUGUGGGGGUCUCAGUAUUGCUAUCAUUUUACGUGUUCGUCUCCGUCAUCAACAGUUUGCUACCAGACGUGUCUGACAGGAUUUCCAUAUUCAGACUCUAUGUCGUGAUCCACCUGACGUUGAAGGUUAUGACUACUCUCUCAUCGGUCAUCAUCCUUCAUUUCUAUUACAAGCCCACGUCAAAGCCUCUACCUAGAUGGUUACAGAAACUUCUUCUUGCCAUCUGCAGAAAAUCGCAAGCUGUUCACCCAAACCUUCAACAGGAGCAACUUGACACCAAUCAACUACGGGACAGUUCUGACGACAGUGACAUCCAUCAGCAAGGGAUGGAAUUUGUUGAACAAGAAAACCUCGACAGCUGUCAAAUCCUACGAAGCAAACGAAGCCCAGAUUGGAAAAUGGUUGCAGAAACACUAAACACCGUUUGUUUCAUUACAUUUUCUGUUCUUACACUCAGUGUUAAUAUAAUUUGUUUCUGUGUGAUGAUAAUAUAGUUGUGUUAACGAGCCUUUCAAAGACUAGACUGGUUGGUCAGUGUGUUGAUGUUUAUUACGUAACUUUUUUGACACAGAUACUGUACUGUAAGAUAAAAGCAAUUUUCAGAUUCUGCGAGAAAUGUUUUC